GUUGUGUGUGUGUCUAGAGGUCUAGUCUGCUUUUGUGUCGGCGGAACAAAGUCAGUCGUUUUCUACUAUUCCGCGCAAUCGGCGAGUAAACGCCGGACGUUACCGCACGCCGCCUCACAAACAGAAGCGAAGUGCAACUGAUUGGAUUGCGUCGGUCAUCCGACUCCCCCAACCUACACGUCCGACGGACGACGUCUCCGCCUCGCCAAUCGUAACUUACGUUGCGUGUAUGUCGACGGGGAAAGCAGCCGUUCGUCGGCCGCGCAUGACGCGCAAGUGGCGAGCCAAAGUCCUCGCGUCGGGUCUCUCUGACGUUUUGCCCGUGGAAUGCGGCGAGAUGCACGCUCGCCUCCACCUCUUCAAGAUCGGGUCGGGCACUCGCGGGACCUCGAUCGAAUGGGAAGGCAACUGGCUGACACCGGUGCAAUUCGAACAAAUCAGCGGCAUGGAGAGAGCGCAUAACUGGAAGCAAAGCAUUCGCUACGAAAAUCGUUCUCUGAACUGCUACAUCAAGUUGGGUCUCAUCAAACUGCAUCAUAGGUAUUGUGAUUGUGACCGGUGCAUCACGCCUCUGCUUGAGCUGGACAAGAGCCGCACAAGCAAGAGAGGAAAGUAUGAAUGGAAUGGCGACGACCAUGGUACUAGACGCGACUGGCGCUAUGACGUAGACGACAACGACAGCUUUCUCGGGUUUUCUAAACGACGGAAACGGAGAGAAACGAGUUUUGUUGAGGCGAGGACCGUGACUCCGACUUCUUGUACUUUGACUGACAACACCGAUUCCGGCUAUUCCCUAACGCGCUUUACCUGCAACAACACGACUGUGCCUGUUGGAGGUGAACAAGACGGAAAAACGACACAGUCCGGUUUGAAGAGAAAUGCGCCAAGCGAAAGAUACGUAAACGCUGGUGGACGGUACUCUUCUCAUUCAAUGGAGUCAACUAGACGUCGGGAAUUUUUCGGCAUUUCACCUCCAAGGCUACUACAACACGACUUUCAGCGUCUCAGUGAGUUCUCAGCUCGACCACCGUUCAUUACUAAUGCUGUAGACAACAAGAUACAGAAGCGAGGAACGCUGACUGAAAGUCAGGCCAACAUGAAACCGCUCGCAUCUACCAGCCAUUCCUUAACCGAUUCCGACGUCCGUCGAGACCUCACAGUACACCAACGUCUCGCCAAAGUGCUGCGCAAAGCCGGACUAACCGACACGCACGUGUUGUCCUGGUCGGUCGACGACGUCGUUUCGUUUGUGGAUGCGGCCGGUUUCUCUUGUCAGAGUUCGGUGUUUAGGCAACAUGUUGUUAGCGGCGAGACGCUGAUGAGAAUGCGAGAACGACAUCUAAUCGACCGACUCAAGUUGAAACUCGGUCCGUCGUUGCGGCUCUUCGCUCUGGUGAGAGGUUUGCAACAAACUGUAAAUACCACAAGUCGUUUCGAUUAGGCUAGCCUAUUAGUUAAUUAAUUAAAAGUAAUCGUAAUAUGUUGUUUAGUUCUAGAGCGCAGAUUUUGGUGUCUACAAAUUGCAGUCUAGAUAAAGUAAAUAUGAGGUGCUUGCAUGUAUAUUACUUAUGCGUUGCGUACAGAUACGAAGAUAUAUUUGCACUGUU